AUGGCAUUCCUCAAUUCAUUAAAGUUCGUUCAGCGUGUUUCUUCGUCGUCUAUUCCAAAGUUGACUCGAGCAUAUGCAGCUCCAGCGGCCCAAAAAGUACAGAUCCCAAUAACGUUAUUCGGCAUCGAAGGUCGCUACGCGACAGCACUCUAUGGUGCUGCAGCAAAAAACAAGUCGUUGGAAACUGUGGAAGCAGAACUGAAACAAGUAAAGUUGGUCGUUGAAAACGAUUCUAAACUCUUAAAUUUUCUCGAGGACCCAUCGUUGAGUCCGGCAAAUAAAAAAGAGGGCGUGCACAAAGUUCUGUCGAAACAAGGCAAAAUUUCCGAUAUUACAAAGAAUUUCUUUGAUGUGUUGGCGGAAAAUGGGCGACUUGGGAAAUCGCACAAGAUUAUUGAUGCGUAUUUGACGUUGAUGACUGCUCAUCGUGGUGAAGUGCCUGUUACUAUUAUUUCGGCAAAAUCACUUGAAUCAGGAACAUUGAGUCAUUUGGAAAAGACACUUAACAAAACCAAACUUGCGUCGAGCAAAAAACUUAUUAUCAAAAAUAAGGUUGACCCUUCGAUUCUUGGAGGAUUAAUUAUUGAAUUCGGAACCGAAAAAACAAUCGACUUGUCAGUUGCUUCUAAAAUCGCGAAAUACAACAAACUUCUUAUUGAGAAAACGGCACAAGAUCUCAUACUUGAUAUCGAGGACAAAAAAACUACAUUAAAUGAAAGUCGGUUCUACCAGCAGCUAAAAGCAGACACAAUACAAGCUUCUCUUUCUUCGUCUGUUAGAUCGUCACUUGUAGAUAUAGUUUGUUAUGGAAUUGGUAGUAUAAAAGAUUCACACGUUUACCUUAUCUCUACAAUUUCUUAUGGAUAUUUAUUGUUUGAAAUGAAGAUAUCAGGAUCCGUAUAUAUAUAUGAUCCGAUAUUAACAUCGUUGGAUUUCGAAGUGUUGGUGUACUAUGGGAUAAUAUUGAUCGAAGAAAACGAGAAAGCAAAGCGUAUAAUAACCCAACCUACACUCUUCUAUAUGCCGCAUUGCCCAAUUGGGUUGUAUAAUAAUGUGAUUGGCGCAAAUUGGCAAAGAUAUAAUUUAACUAAUUUGUUACUAAUAGGGAAUCGACUGGAAUUUUAUGCGGAACGUUGUCCUUCCGCGAAAUUCAAAAUGAAAGCACCAUAUUUAUCUUCAAUAUCCUUCUUAAAAUAA